UUUCGUCGUCAUUUCCGCAAAACCGUUUAAGGUUCAGGAUAUCACUGUUUAUCGCAUCUUUCUGGAGAAUUUGGUCGAUAUCAUGAAGUUCCUGGAGUACACUAAUCUGGACAGAUUGAAUGUUUUUCUGGGUCAUCUAAAUCUCGGGGAAAGGACUAUCAAAGGUUGCUUGGAAGCUUAUUCUUGUAAACAUGCGGGAACUGAUAAGAGAUUGUCUCUUAGUUUGGAGAAUGAGAUGCUCGAUUAUCUUGGGAAAUCUUCUGACACUGACUCUUCUUCACCCGUUGAUCUUUUGUUAAGCAGAUCAAGUCGAAAGGCUUUGAUCUACUUGGUUCUUACACUCUAUCAGAUGUAUCCGGACUACGAUUUCAGCGCUGUGAAAGCACAUCAGUUUUUCUCGGAAGAAAGCUGGGACACGUUUACGCAGAUGUUUAACAACUAUAUGUUUGAAGCUUCAAAGGAAUGGACUGAGAGGAAUGAGGAUGGUUACUUACUUGACGUAAUCUACGAGGCUCUUGAUGAGGUCGUUAAACUAGCUGAAUGUGAGAUAUAUGUGUACAACCCGAAUCCUAAUGCUGAUCCUUUCCUCGAGGAAGGAGCAAUAUGGUCUUUCUGUUUCUUAUUCUACAACCGAAAACUGAAGCGUGUUGCGGGUUUUCGUUUCUGCUGCAUAAGUAACCUGGCAAAUGAUGCAUUUCUGGCCGACACUCCUCCGUAUGGUGAAGAUGAAGAGAUCUUUGACGACAUGGAUAUGUGAUCUCUGUAUCUUUAUGCAGAGUUUCCAGUCUGUAGAAAAUCUGUAUAUCAUCGAUGUUAGAUGUUAUGCUCUUUAGUCUCUAGGCUUUGUGAAUCCAUGUCCAAGGUUAAGCUCUUCGCUUUCUUUUAUCUGUGUAAUUACCCUAACUAUACUCUUUACCCUGUCAUGUGCAAAUAAGCUUAUCAAACUUUGCUGUAAA